AACAGAGACCAGCGAACACAAGUCGCUCUCUUCGUUUUUGCUCUCCCGCUCGUCUCUCGCCGCUCUCGAUCUCGUCGUCGAGACGCUCGUCGGCGCCCUCAGUCUCCUUCCCGAUGUUUGCCGACGGCGAGAAGAGCAUCGAACAACGUGGCCCUUCCAAUUUGCACUCUGCGUCGAGCAUUUGGCCCAGCUAUUUCCCACAAACGGAGUUCGCCUUGAGCGACCGAAGGCUCAAGCUCGUCUGCCAGCUCGCAGACUUCUUCUCCACUUCCCAGGCCGAUCAUUUCCUCUCCCAGGUGCAAGAUGAUUGUGGUGUCUUGUCUCUCCCCAUGGAUUUGCAACAAUUACGCAAGCUAUGUGGAGUCGAUGAAUUUUAUGUCAUUUUGGAUGAAGAGCCGAAGGAAGCUAUUUUGUGCAUGGGUGCUGCAGUCCACAUGGUUCUCCCAAUGAAGAAAAACAAUUACUUUCUGGAGGAUAUAGAGAAGAUAAACAUUCGAUUGUAUAACUACCCUGAAUCAAUGAUUACGUUAAAGAACUUGAAAGCUGCAUAUAUAGGGAAACUAGUUUCAGUGCAUGGUUCAGUCGUCAAAGUCAGCACAGUAAGACCUUUGGUUCUGCAGAUGGACUUUGCAUGUGGAAAGUGUGGAACUGUUAUCACACGCAUAUUCCCUGAUGGGAAGUUUUCCCCCCCAAUAGUCUGCAGCAUCCAGGGAUGCAGGAGCAGGUCUUUUACUCCGGUUAGAUCCUCUGCAAAACCAAUAGAUUUUCAGAAAAUAAGAAUUCAGGAACUUCUUACAUCAUCUAGUCACGAAGAAGGUCGGGUGCCUCGCACUGUUGAUUGUGAACUAACUGAUGAUCUUGUUGACUCUUGUAUCCCUGGUGAUGUGAUAACUGUCAUUGGUAUUAUAAAAGUAAUAAACAGCUACAUAGAUGUUGGAGGAGGAAGGUCCAAGAACAAGCACCAAGGAUUGUACUAUCUAUAUUUGGAAGCAGUUUCGAUCAGAAGCUUAAAAUCUAAUAACACUGCAGAUGUUCAAGAAAACAAUUCUAAAAGUGGAGCGUGUAUGCUAUCUGAUUUUAUCUCGUUUUCACCUAAAGAUCUUGAAUUUGUGGUGAAAUUUUUUGAGGAGCAUGGUUCUGAUGUAUUCCGUACCAUACUUCAUUCCUUAUGCCCUUCUAUCUAUGGGCAUGAACUUGUAAAAGCUGGCAUUGUACUUUCAUUAUUUGGGGGAGUCCAAAAGCAUUCUCGGGAUAAGAACAAGGUCCCAAUUCGAGGAGAUAUUCACAUCAUUAUUGUUGGUGAUCCUGGAUUGGGUAAGAGUCAACUCCUACAAGCAGCAGCAUCAGUUUCCCCUAGGGGCAUCUAUGUGUGUGGCAAUGCAACUACUAAUGCUGGACUGACUGUUGCUGUUGUGAAAGAUCCUAUGACAAGUGAUUAUGCAUUUGAGGCUGGUGCCAUGGUUCUCGCUGAUCGUGGGUUAUGUUGCAUUGAUGAGUUUGAUAAAAUGUCUGCUGAACAUCAGGCUCUACUUGAAGCAAUGGAACAACAGUGUGUCUCUGUUGCAAAGGCUGGUUUGGUGGCAAGUUUGUCAGCUCGUACAUCUGUUUUAGCAGCUGCAAAUCCUGCUGGUGGUCAUUAUAAUCGUGCAAAAACUGUCAAUGAGAACCUAAGAAUGAGUGCUGCACUCCUCUCCCGUUUUGAUUUGGCAUUCAUAUUGCUAGACAAACCAGAUGAGCAGCUGGAUAAGCGUGUCUCUGACCAUAUAAUGGCACUUCAUACUAGAAAUAUGGGGCCCUCGACUGCCAAGAAGCAACGGAUGGCUCCUUCUGACAAGAACCUGGAGUCAAGUAUUCUGGAUGGUUCUUUGGCUUCCAGGUUAAGAUUGAAUCCUGUGAAAGACAAGGAUUUUGUUCCCUUGCCUGUUUCUCUUCUCCGCAAGUACAUUGCUUAUGCGAGAAAUUUUGUCUUCCCUAGGAUGUCUAGACCAGCAGCUGAAAUUUUGCAGAACUUCUACUUGCGGCUAAGAGACCGGAGCACCUCAGCUGAUGGUACACCUAUCACUGCUAGGCAGUUGGAAAGCCUAGUAAGGUUGGCAGAAGCUCGUGCUCGAUUGGAUCUCAGAGAAGAAAUUACUGCUGAAGAUGCAAAGGAUGUUGUUGACAUCAUGAAAGAAUCUUUGUAUGACAAAUAUGUCGAUGAUCAUGGCUUUGUUGAUUUUGGACGAAGUAGCGGGAUGAGCCAACAGAAGGAAGCAAAAAGGUUUCUCAGUGCACUGAACAAACAAUCUGAGUUACAACAAAAGGAUUGUUUCUCAAUUUCCGAGAUAUACAGCUUGGCCGACAAAAUCAGCUUGCGAGUUCCUGAUAUUGAUACCUUUGUGGAGAACUUGAACAGCGUAGGCUAUCUUCUUAAAAAAGGGCCAAAGAUGUAUCAGGUUCUGUCUUCAUCCUACUCUCAUAGUCAAUCCACCAGAUCAAGAUGCUGAGCAUGCUACAUUUCUCUUGAAGCGGAUUCGAGCGAAGAAAUAAUAUUCCAUCGUUAUCAUGUUAAACAUGAGAAAAUUUUCUCUAAUACACAGACAAAGACUGAAAAUGUCAAAGUUAGGUCAAAAUUCUGUGUGUUUAUGCCAGUCAUUUUGAGUCGGGUAUUAAAAGGUGUAUUAAAAGCAUUGUUUCUAGAAUUAAAAACAUAAUCAAAUGUUGUAUUAAAAGGAGGCACGGACGAAUGAAGACCAAACUAAAUUUAAGAAAACGUGGGAAGAAUGUGAUAUGAAGCUCCUGUUACUCUCUGGUUCUCCAUUAAAAACAUUGAUAAUUUAUGUACUUCGUUCAUUACAAAUCCCCAUUUGUCUUCAUUCGAAUAAUUUCCAAAAGAUGGAUUCAAGCUUGUUUGCCUAACUGGCUCUAUUC